UGAUUAGUGAUGAGAAACAAGAGUUACAAAUAAUAGAUAGUAUAAAAUUAAAUUUAUUAACAAAAUGUUUAGAUAGAUUGGAAGUGUCAGUUAACGAACAAAAGAGCAAAUUAACUGAGGUUUUAACAAAAUUAAAAAAUCCUGAUACAUUGUUCAACUCUAUAGAAAUUGAGAAAUCCAAAGGAAAAAAACAUACAAAAAGAUGA